AUGGCGAAUCAGUCGACUCUCCGAGUCAGUGAGGUUCGUCCAGACGAUAUCCCCAAGAUCACCGAUGUUUGGUACAGCGCAUUCAGUACGCCACACAAUCUGGAAUUAUUUCCCGAUACCCCCGCCGUGCGCACGUGGUGGAAUGAAACCAUUUACUAUGACCUUGCGAACAGACCAUAUCAAAAGUAUAUCAAGGUAGUCGAUGCCGCUCACCCCAGCGAUAUCGUCGCUUACGGAAAGUGGGACCUGCAGCCGGAUGAAUGUGGCGAGCGAUAUCCACCAUGGCAUCCAGAGUCAAAUGCCGAGCUCUGCACUCAGUUAUUCGGAGGAAUCGAGAAUCAGCACUUAGAUAUGUUGGCCACGAAUCCUGAACAUCAACGGAGAGGUGCCGCGUCCAUGGUGGUGCAGUGGGGAUGUGAUCUAGCUGACCGCAACGGGGCCGCAAUUUUCAUAGCCUCCAGUGACCAAGGAGUUGGACUGUAUCGGAAAUUUGGAUUCCAACUGCUGGAAGGCCGUGACGAUACUCCUGAAGGAACCAAUCCCAUGGUCAAAAAGCCGAGGUUGGUAGUCUACGCGGCCAUCAGCAACGUUGCGACGACAUCGCGGCAGAUUUAUGUCUUCGACCGUGACCAAAGUCUGCUAUUUUAG